AUGAGCUCCAAGACUCAGAAAUCCUCACCUACAGAAUCGCAAAUAAUUAUCAAUCGAAAGCUUCUAUGGGAGCAGAAGAAUCCUGACCCUUAUUAUAAGCUCCGUCUUACAAAUAGUGGCGACCUCUACAGAAUCCACUUCUCUUGCAGAGGCCCGAAGGGCACCGUGUUUGAGGGCGGUAUCUAUCACGGUGUGCUUGUCCUGCCACCUUCCUUUCCGUUUAAGCCACCAGACCUGAUGAUGAUCACCCCAAGUGGGCGCUUCGAGAUUAACAAGAAAAUCUGCUUCUCAUAUACAUCGUACCAUCCCGAAACGUGGUCUCCGGCGCUGAACUUCAAGCAUAUCAUCAUCGGAUUCCUCAGUCUCUUCAACGAGUAUAGUGAGAGUGCCAUAGGAAUGAUCACUACUAUGGAUAGGCCCACAAUCGAUAGAUACAAAGAGGCGAAUAUGAAGUUUACAUGCUCAGAAUGUGGCAUGUGCCACUCAUCUAUCUUGCGGGAGCUUGAGGAGCUGGAGAAGAGCAAGGGAUGCUGA